UGACGCACUCAAAUUGACAGAGGGACUGACGACGGUUCGCGGGUUCUCAGACUACCCAAAUAAGAUCAAUUUUAAUUUUUCGCAAAUUUUUGUUUUCGUAUUUUUAUUUUUUAGGGGUGUAGGGGUGUGUGUGCUAGGGUCAGAAGGAUGAGCCUGCCCGGCCAGCCAAGCAAGCCAUCAUAUCGUCUUUAUGCAUUUCAUUUUGUCCCUAUCAGUUUUGGUUUUCUGUCUGAGGACGUAGUUAGCGUCGAAAAGUUUUCUUGAGAAGGGUCAGGGAGGAGAAUCGAACCGAGGGACCAUAACUGGCCCCAUAUACUACUUUAAGCUAAGGGAGAAAUGUGUUUUUUUUCAAUGGCUGUACAUGUUGGAACUCUCCAUAUUUGAGCAAACUUUUAAUCCGUCUUGUGGCAAUCUAUGGGUGCGUUGAAAACCACGAAAAGGCACAAAUGAGGAUUGCUUUAACUCAUCCAAUUUUUACUCCAAUUUUUAACCAGAGUGUCGGCCAUUCCACCCCUCCCAGUGGCCUUUUUACUGCCUAAUGAUUACCUGUGCUGCUUUCUUUUUUUUUGUCAAAGGUCGAAGCGAAGAAUAAGAAUAGGGACAUCUCCCGUGUUCCACUAGAUCACUCACAACAGCCCGAUGCUUGAACCGCCCAAGCGGCCCCCAACGUUUAAUACAAAAAUAUUCCUGGCCCAAACCCUUGUUCUGGAUGUGGCAGCCCUGAGUGGAGCGCGGGUUUUCUUCACGUUUGUUUCGAUUUUUCGAAUCCACGUUCAAAGUCCUCGUCCAAGGGAUCGAUCGAGCCAGACAGCCCGCCCUGUUUACCGAGCCGAUUGAACCAAGUACGGGUCGAUUACGGAUUCAUAUAGAAUCAAGCCCUCAUCAUGUCCUCCGCCCUACCCAUGUCCAAUCCGGGGCUAGCCCAUCGUCCGGUUUGCAAGUACGGCCGUGAGUGUUAUCAAAAGAAUCCCAUGCAUCACGAGAAGUUUCAACAUCCAACCAGCCAAGAACAGCAGAAGGAAAAUCAAGCCAUGGCGGCCAACAAGCGGGCCACGCCCCCACCCGAUGACUCGGCCGGCGAGGCCUCUCAACCGACCAUGGAUCAGUCCUCGCCGCUCAAGAAAUCCAAAAUGGACGACGACGGACAUGAAGCUACCCAGGACGCCAAAGACCAGGCUGAUGUCAACCUCAUCAGCGCCAACACGCCCCUGAACCCUGUGGCGGAUCCCGACGACCCACCCGAGUUGCCCGCUUCACCCAUGGACAUGAAGGCCAACCUGAAACAGAAAUUCCUAAUGGAUUAUCCUCCGGAUUUUUAUUGCUUUUGGCAGUUCUGUCAGGAACGGAAUCGCGAUCAUCCAGAAUUGGCCUUGGUCGACACCUGCGGUUUGCGAUUAACCGGGCCCUUCGAUGUUCUGGCUGGGGCCUGGACUGGGACGGCUCGUCGUCCAUCGGCCGACUAUCUGGCUCAUGCGCGGUAUUUCUACGAUCCGCCGGAGUUUCAAACCGUGCUGGCGUCGGCCGAUGAGCGGCAGCUCUUUCACAUCGGAUAUUUCCGGGACGAUCCGGCCGCGUUGCCAGAUUUCGUAGCGUCGAAUGAUCCGGCUCAGGAUUGUCGGCUUAAUGUCAUGGGUGAUAAUUUGUUCGCAGCCGUGUAUCGCUAUGUAAUGGACGUGAUGCGCGACGCCGAACCGUUCAGACAAACAGCCUUGGAGAAACUUAAGGCUGCGCUUCAUGUCUAUACCACCAUGAAGAUCCAAGACCACGAUUUCAGCUUGGAUCUCCGCACGCCCAAGAUAAAAAGCCGAGAGCGCCGAAAGGUGGCCACCACCUUUCAAGGUGUGGGCUUGGUCGUGCCUUAUAAUAAAGAGACCCAGGUGGGAUACCGUGAAAUUCCCGAGACAACGGCUUCGCUGAAACGGAUUUUUAAGAAUAUCAACGAGGCGAGCACUGAAGAAAAACGCGCACAGGCCAUGGACGUUUUGCAAGAACUCAUGACCAAUGUUCAAUUUGCCAACGAUGAGGGCGAUCCGGGCAUGAGCGUGGAAUUGGGUCUAAAUGCAUUUGCGACGGGGGGACCUCAUCUACAUGGAUCCAUUGAGCAUUUAUUAGGGGUGGGCUACGAGUUGAUGGAUCGGCCAGAAUAUGCCCAGGUCAUACGGGCUCAUCUCAAGCGGCGGAAUGACGGUGGGCUAACGUGUUCAAGAUUCAUAAUUGGAAAGUAUAAAUGCUAGCAAGGGAAAUGACUGAACGUAAUGCUGCAAUUGACGUACAAAACAGUGAUUGUAUAUCCAAUGUUGAAAUGGUGCGUUCUAUACAUGAAUAUUCGAAAACAAUUCCAUGGAAAUUUAUUUAUAUUUCCAAAACGGUGACCCCAUACACAUUUGAGUUGUUUAUCCUGUCUACGAAUGCGCGGGCUCGGGUGACCCCUCUCCGCCCUGCAGGAUCUGAUACAUUCUUAAUUAAUUAGUUACAUGACCCGUUGGCGUUUGUUUCCAAUGGUCUUGUAGCUCGUGAACCCCGUGAGCGAAGGAGCAUUGGAU